AUGGCCCACGGCCACGCUGUGACACCAUUUGAAAUGAACAAUCAAACAUAUGUCACCGAGUUCAUCUUCUUGGGAUUUUCCAACCACUCUGAUCUACAGGGCCUAUUCUUCCUGGUCUUCCUGGUCAUGUACCUGACAACGCUCCUGGGGAAUGUGCUCAUAAUAAUGGCCACCAGGCUCAGUCCUGCUCUCCAUACUCCAAUGUAUUAUUUCCUCAGCAACUUGAGCUUCUUGGACAUGUGCUACACUUCUACCACCGUUCCAGUCAUGCUGGUGAACUUCUUCCAGGAAGAGAAGACCAUCUCCUACGAGGGCUGCCUUUCCCAGAUGUUCUUCCUUGUGACAUGUGCUGGCACCGAAGGUGUCCUGUUGGCUGCUAUGGCUUAUGACCGCUACGUGGCCAUUUGCCGCCCUCUCCAAUACCCAGUUCUCAUGAAUGCGAAGGUCUGUGUUUGCUUGGUGACUGCAUCCUGGAUGUGUGGGCUGGUGAACUCUGUGACGCACACCGUGCUGACAGCCUCACUCACUCUGUGUGGGCCCAACCACAUCAGCCACUUCCUCUGUGACAUCCCCUUGCUCCUGAAGCUCUCCUGCUCAGACACCUCUGUCAACGAGUCUGUGCUGCACGUGGCCAGCGCCACCAUCGGCCUGAGCCCCUGCCUCUUCACGGCGCUGUCCUACAUCCUCAUCGUCUCAGCCAUCCUUCAGAUUCCCUCUGCUCAGGGCAGGAGCAAGGCCUUCUCGACCUGCGCAUCCCACCUCACUGUGGUGGUGGUCUUCUUUGGAACAGCCAACUUCAACUAUGACAAACCCAGCGAAGGCUCCUCCCUGGACAUGGACAUCCUGGUCUCUGUGCUCUUCUGUGUUGUGACCCCCAUGUUGAACCCCAUCAUCUACAGCCUGAGGAACAAGGAGGUCAAGGGUGCCCUGAGGAAGCUAAUUGGAUAA